AGUUGGUCCUGUUGUGCUGCGGCUCCGCGCGGCCUGCAGUCCCGGGCUCGCGCCCCGCGCCGCCCGCUCGCCAGCCCGCCCGCCAUGGAGCCCGGCCCCGACGGCCCCGCAGCUCCCGGCCCCGCUGCCAUCCGCGAGGGCUGGUUCCACGAGACGUGCAGCCUGUGGCCCGGCCAGGCCCUGUCUCUUCAGGUGGAGCAGCUGCUACAUCAUCAACGCUCGCGGUACCAGGAUAUCCUCGUCUUCCGCAGUAAGAGCUACGGCAACGUGCUGGUGUUGGACGGCGUCAUCCAGUGCACCGAGAGAGAUGAAUUCUCCUACCAGGAGAUGAUAGCCAACCUGCCCCUUUGCAGCCACCCCAACCCUCGCAAGGUGCUGAUCAUCGGGGGCGGGGAUGGGGGCGUCCUGAGGGAGGUGGUCAAGCACCCCGCUGUGGAGUCCGUGGUCCAGUGCGAGAUUGAUGAGGAUGUCAUUCAGGUCUCUAAGAAGUUCCUGCCAGGCAUGGCUGUCAGCUACUCUAGCUCAAAGCUGACCCUGCAUGUGGGCGACGGUUUUGAGUUCAUGAAACAGAACCAGGACGCCUUCGACGUCAUCAUCACGGACUCCUCAGACCCCAUGGGCCCUGCCGAGAGUCUCUUCAAGGAGUCCUACUACCAGCUCAUGAAGACUGCCCUCAAGGAGGAGGGCAUCCUGUGCUGCCAGGGCGAGUGCCAGUGGCUGCACCUAGACCUCAUCAAGGAGAUGCGGCAGUUCUGCAAGUCGCUCUUCCCUGUGGUGGACUAUGCCUACUGCACCAUCCCCACCUACCCCAGCGGCCAGAUCGGCUUCAUGCUCUGCAGCAAAAACCCAAGCACCAACUUUCGGGAGCCCGUGCAGCUGCUGACGCAGAAGCAGGUGGAGCAGAGGCAGCUGAGAUACUACAACUCGGACGUGCACCGGGCGGCCUUUGUCCUGCCCGAGUUUGCCCGUAAGGCCCUGAAUGAUGCGGACUGAGCCCAGGUGCCGCUGUCGCCGAGCCCAGGACCUCGGCCGGGGAGCCUCCCACCAGCCCAGUGUCACAGGCCCCAGAACGCUGGGCGGACUGUCUGUCCUUCUCGGUGUGGCAUUCAGCCUUCAAGCCUAUGCCAGCUGUGUACAGUACCACCUCCGCCUUCUGUCACCCCUCACUCACCAAACACGUGUAUUUAUAACAAAA